CAAUCUAAUGUCAAGUUUGUUGGCAUUUGGGAAUACGACAAUAAAUUCAAAUCAUUAUAGAACACAACUUCACUUCACACUAAUAUAAAAUGACGAAUCUUGACGUCAGCAACAGUAGUACAGAUAGUAGCUCUGGUUCCACCUCGGAUUCCAGCAGCAGUGGGAGCUCUUCAACCAGCUCAGGGUCAGGUUCUAGCAGUUCGGACUCAGACUCCUCAACCUCUGAGACUCCAGCGGCAACUGCAGCUGCAGUGCCACCUAAAUCACCUACAAAACCAGCAGAAGAAGCCAAGAAGAAAGAAGAACAGAAACCAAGACGGGCGUCUAAGACAAAAACAUCAUCAAGUGAAGAAGAAGCACCUAAAGUGGCAAGUCCAAAAGCAGCCCCACCAAGACGUAGGGCUUCAGCCAAAGCCAAGGCAGCAACUGCAGUUCUUGCAAAAGCAAAACCAGCCCCUCGUACAACAACAGGUGCGAAAGCAAAAGCCAUUUCAAAAACUCUACCCAAAUCUCAACCAAAAACUGAUAACUCUUUAAAAAAGAAAAGCAUAUUUUCCCCGGACAAUAGUUCUGAAUCGGAACCUGAGAACAAAGACAAACAGAAGGCGAGUGCAAAAGAGUCCCCUAUUAAUAAAAAGGUAACAAGAAAGUCAAGCGAUGAAAAGGAAACACCAGCCACACAACCUGCGGUUCCAGCCACUGAAGAUACCACCGUAAAAGAAAACGCUAAACGUAGAAGUAGUAGAAAUAGUGGUCCACCUGCAAAGAAAGCGGUUGAAGAUAAAAGCGCGUCAUCUUGUUCAUCUAGUCAGUCAUCAGUUGAAUCUGUGUCUUCUGAGAGUGAUAGUGAACCAACAUCUAAGAAAGACAAUGCAAAAGGGAUUAAAACGAAACCAGCUACAGCAUCUAGUAAGCAACAAGAUGUAGCUACUAAAGGCAGUGAGGCGGGCGAAUCUGCGGCUCUCGGUGCAGUGCCUCGGAAGCUGACAAGAUCAUUCUCAGCGCGCGCUAACAGACUAGCUACUGCCGCAAGACCUGUUCACACCGACACUGACUCUGAUGGAGAUGAUAAGAAUGAUAAGAACAGAGAUCUUAAGAAGAACCUAAAAGGUCGUCCUCCAGCUAUACCACGUUCCCCAGUGGUAGCGGACACCGCUCCUAUCAUGCCUUCGGAGCGAUGUUGUCCUGUCCGAGGCUGUGAUUCCACAGGACAUUUGGGGGGUAAGGCUCGACGUCACUUUACAUGGGACGCGUGCCCGGUGUACCACAAUGUGACUGCGGCGUGGUGUGUGGCGGCGGGCGAGGAGCGCGCGGCCGCCGGCGCCGCUCGCCGCCGCGCCCUCACCGCGCUACAUCAGCGCCCACGAGCCAUGCCCACAAUCGAACAGCGAGCCUACCAGCUUAAAGUUAAAGAUUUACGUUCUAAAUGGAAGGGCAGUCAAGAACUUCGCGAGAAGCUGGCUGCGUCCAGCGAAGAGAUGUCCGAGGAGCGGGAGCCCGUGCUGGAGGGCUUCGCCCCCGACUACGAUCUGCGCCUGUUCCGUGAGGCGCAGGCUCUCGCCGCUAUCAAGAUUGAAGAGGAACUCGGGGAUCUACCCUCUGAUAAAGGCACCAGAUACGUAGUGAUGGGCAAGUACAUGAUGGAGGUGUGGUACCAGUCCCCGUACCCGGGUGACGCGGCGCGCGUACCACGUCUCUUCGUGUGCGAGUUCUGUUUGGGACAUCACAAGUGUGCCGCCGGCGCAGCUCGACACCGUACCAAGUGCGUGUGGCGACACCCGCCAGGGGAUGAGGUGUACCGCAAGGACAAGCUGAGCGUGUGGCAAGUGGACGGGCGGAAACACAAGCAGUACUGUCAGCAGCUGUGUCUCCUCGCCAAGUUCUUCCUCGAUCACAAGACGCUCUACUACGACGUGGAGCCAUUCCUCUUCUACGUCAUGACCUGCGCAGACCACGAGGGUUGUCACAUCGUCGGAUACUUCAGCAAGGAGAAGAAUUCGUUCCUCAACUACAAUGUAUCUUGUAUACUCACUCUACCACCAUAUCAGAGACAAGGCUACGGCAGACUACUCAUCGAUUUCAGUUAUCUACUAACCAAAGUGGAGGGCAAAGUGGGCUCCCCUGAGACCCCGCUGUCGGAUCUCGGUUUGAUAUCGUAUCGGUCGUACUGGAAGGAGGCCCUCUUGAAGAGGCUGUGCUCGGCGUCGGGACCCUCGCUCUGCAUCAGGGAUCUCAGCAAGGACCUCGCGAUCGCUUCAUCCGAUAUAGUCUCCACGCUGCAGGAGCGAGGCCUUAUGAAGUAUUGGAAGGGAAAACAUAUUGUGCUGAAAAAACAGGAGGUGCUGGAGGAGGUGACGCGGCGUGCGGAGCGCGUGCGCUGCGUGGACGCGGCGUGCCUGCGCUGGUGGGCGGGCGCGACGCCGCGCUGA